AGCUGGAGAAGCUCCACCAUCAACUCAAGCAACUUGUACAUGACCGUUCAGACCACAUAGCAACACAAUGGACCAAUUACUAGCGCCGCCGACACACCUCUCACAUCCCGAGUCCCUGCGACUGUCUCAACUGGCACCGAAAUGGCUUCGUAGCCAAGCACCUAGCAGUCUCCCCUACCCAAUCUCCCUCCUCACGACAUCUGAAUCCGCCGAGCAAUGGCAAGCCAGCGAGAACUUGCUGGUCGCAUGCCUACGCACUGGAGAUGAUCAGACCGCUUCUCUCUGUUUGGAUAAGCUGUCCCAGCGCUUUGGCCCCGACAAUGAGCGCGUUCAAGCGUUACGUGGACUCUACGACGAAGCCACCGCUGCAGACGAGAAGGCGCUGUUGAAUGUGUUGAAGAGCUACGAUGAGAUCCUUGCAGAAAAGCCGACGAAUGGACCGGUGACAAAAAGAAAGGUUGCGCUGCUGAGAGGGUUGGGCAAGGUGGCCGAGGCGACAAAGACAUUGACUGAGCUGUUGGACAGCUCGCCUGUCGAUGCUGAAGCGUGGGCUGAGUGUGCUGAGCUUUACUUCUUGCAGAGCAUGCACUCACAGGCUGUCUUUUGCUUGGAAGAAGUUCUGCUCAUCACCCCGAAUGCUUGGAAUAUUCACGCCCGUCUUGGAGAGAUGCUCUUCAUCUCGGCCAGUGCCGCGGAAGAUUCUGGCAGUAAGCUCAAGUUGCUCGCAGAUGCCCAACGUAGCUUCUGUCGCAGCGUUGAGUUGUGCGACGACUACCUCCGUGGUUACUACGGUCUCAAGCUCACAUCACAACGCCUGCUGGAAGUCCUGUCACAGACAAGCAGUAAACCACCGAAAGCGCAGUCAUCAGACGCAACAGUCGGCGAUCUUCCAUCUCCAUCGCUGGCGUCAGUCGAAAAGUUGCGCGAGCUCUCAACCAAGAAGCUAUCAGAAAUCGUCAGACGCAGUAUGGGUGGCGAGCGAGGCUGGGAUGGAUAUGAACAAGCCGAGCUUAUCGCCGCAAGGGAACUUUUGAACAGAGACACACAGUCUAUCCAGCGAUAGUCGAGAACACUUUCUGGCCACUCACAAGUCAUCUAAGAUAAUCAAGCGAGAUACCCAUACCCAAAGUACUAGAAUCAGGAAACGCAUGUGAUGAGAAUAUUCAUUGAUAG